AUGCCCUGCUUCAAGGGCAUCGCGGUUAGCAUCCACGCCAAUGGAGCUCCUCUACCAGAGCAUGGCGUGCAGAAGCAGUCGCGCGUGUCGCGAAUCAACACGUACAUUCCCGUCCCCCAGCCCCAGCUGAGCAGCGAGUCCAACAAGCCCGAGCCCGCAAAGUUCGCCAUCUCCAUCACCCUGCUCACCCCGGGCCUGGCAAUACCCUACUCGACCCCGCGCGCCACCGACUCCAACCCCUUCCCCAAGGCCCAGUUCGUCGGCGCCAUGCCCUCAACCACGGGCGAGCGCGGCCAGUUCCACGGCGUCGUCGGCCCCUACAUCCCCAUGACCAACAGCGAGAACGAGACCAUCGCCGCCUACAUCUACUUUGACGGCAGAGCAAAAGAAGAGGUGGCCACGCUUCUUCGCCCGGGUGAAGAGACUUGGGUGAAUAGCCGAUGGGUUCAGGUCCCCGACUCGGAGGGUGGUGGCCUGGCCGAGAGAGAGUUCCUGUUCCGCGAGGUCGGUCUAGAGAGAUGGCUCAACGGCCUUGACCUGCAGGGUCACGACGCCGCCGAGAAGCUGGAGCGAAGGAGGCAGAAGUUUGAGAAGCGCAAGAGACGGCAAAGGGCCGCCACGGAAGACGGCGCCGGUACGGAUGCAGACAAGUCUGGCAAAGCGCAAAGCACCCUCCGCUACGGACCCGACGAAGGAGCACCCGUCGAGCCCAUCUUUGACGAGGACGACUCGCUCUCUUCGUCAGACGACGACGAGCCUCCCGAGGCCACCGGCCAGAUUAAGGUUGCCAUGUUCCGCGUUAUCGCGUCCGGGGAAAUCAAGAAGGGGGAGUAUUCGCCGCAGUUUGACGCUCAUGACGACGAUGACGAGGACACUAGCGCCGACAAGACCAAUGCGAACGGAUCCAUCGAUGCGGAUGUCGAACACACUACGAGCUUUGCCAAACCUAAGACUCUGGAUCCCAAGACGAUUAGUACUCAGACGGUGACUGGCAUCGACGGCCCAGAUAAGCCAUAUGCUGUCUUUACAUUUUUCUAUCGUGGGGAGCGUCAACUCCAAAAGAUGGGUGUCAUGACUGCCUCUAAGCCGCCGACCGUCACCGCGACUGCGGCAAAACGGCGAUCGGGUCAGCUUGACUUCUCAAACCUGGGUCCCUUGAAGACAAGCGGCACCGUGGGCUUCUCGACCUUCCGCGACAACGGAAAGCAGUCAUCGAGGAGGCGGAAGUCACGCAAGAAGAGCAAUGGCGCCAUUGGUGGAGCAAUGGACGAAGACAGCGACGAAGAUGAAGACGGCGACGACAGCGAUGCGAUUCUCGGCAAGAUGGAAGACGUUGACACUAAGUAUGACAAGUCUAAACUCGGGCCCGAAGACGCACAGUUCUCUGGCGAGCUGGCAGACGGAGUCAAUCGCAUCCGGCUCAAACGGGCACACUCUGCGGAGCCAGACAGUGCGGCCAGCUCACGAAAGUCACCUAGCACAGGCGCUGCAACGCCGCCCUCCACCGAAGCGCCAAAGCCCUCCAUUGGUCUGUCGUCCACCACCCUUUUUGGCAAGAGUCUGCCCGAAGACAGCGUCAUAGGCAGUCCGCUGAAGAAAGCACGACCUAGCAUCAGUGAAGGCGCCGGAACCGGAACCGGUGGAGGCUUCCCCCCAGGUCUCGGUAAUAUCCUCGCCAAGGCAGAGGCUGCUCAGGCGGCUCACAGCAAGCAAGAGCAUUCGGCGCCCAUAAAGAAGGAGGAAGACAUUGAGGAGGAGUUAUAG